CAGAGUGAGGCCUCUCUCCGUCUCACGCACUCUCUGAUGUCCACGUCCCCGCGGUGUCCGAGUCCUACCGGCUGCGAUGUGUUACGCGCCCCAGCUUUAGAAAAAAAAAAAAAAAAAAAAACAGAGAAGGAAAACUUCAUAGAAAUGGCGGAGGGUACAACGACUCUCAAAGGCUUGCGAGCCCAAAUGGCUGCAGCUGCACAGGCACAAGCCGAGGAGCGGCGCAGCCUGGCAGGGAACAGUCCCGGACCUACAACCAACCCACCAGCUAAACCUCAGGGGUGUAAGCCAGUCAUUGACGGUGCUGCACUUAGAAUAGACGACCGACUGCGAGUGGCAAAAGAGAGGCGAGAAGAGGCAGACAAACAACAGGCUUUGCGAGAGUCUCAGAUUAUGGAGCGGGAGCGCAAGGCCAAGCUGCAAGUGGAGCGCCAGGUGGAGGAGCGUCAGAAAAAGGUUGAGGAGCAGCGAAGAAAGGAGGAGCAGAAAAGAUUGGCUGUGGAGGAGAAGAGGAAGCAGAAACAGGAAGAGGAAAAGGAGCACUACGAGGCAGUGAUGCGGCGGACAUUGGAGCGCAGUCAGCGAGUGGAGCAGAGGCAGAAAAGAUGGUCCUGGGGAGGACUGUCCACAGAUUCUGAUGGACGAACAGGAGAUUCUGAUGCCAGCGCCUCAUCUCCAGUAACAAUACUUAUCUCCCCUGCCUCGCCAGAAAAGCCACCAAGGAGUCGACAAGUGGACAAGCGUUCCACAUCCACCAUGAACCUGAAGCAGCCGUCUGAGGCUGGCAUCAGCAAACGCCUAUCCUCCUCCUCUGCCACCCUCAUCAAAUCUCCUGACAAAAGGGUUAAGCCAAGGAGUUCAUCUUGUAACCGGUUGCCUAGCAACGACAAUGCUGCUCAGGCCAGUAAGGAAGACGGCAAAAAGCUUCAGGUGGAACAGACAGGCCGUUCCAUGAAGAAGAGAAGUUCUUCCCUUACACGAGUAAGUGUGGGCAGAGCACAGACCCCUUCCAAGCCUGAUAAGGGGACAACGGAUGAUCAAGCUCGCAGGCCACCGGCCAGCACUGUGGAUGGAGGGGUCCUUAGUCGCCUGCUCACCCCCACCCAGGCCUCACUAGCUAGGAGCAAGAGCGCCGCCGCCCUGUCAGCUGAAGGAACAGAUGCUCCAGAGUGUCACCUGUGUCCUCGCUCAGCCUCCGCCAGUCCCCUGCACCCACCGCGUGGACCUGUGCGCAGCCGCAGCAUUGACCGACAGAAGAGCGGCAUGACCACUUCUGUGUCAGCCGACGGAGCCCUCGACACUUCACUGAAGGACAAGCAGUUAACAUCACCUCAAGGGCAACGUCCCGCCUCCCCAUCUACAAACCUGGGACGCAACCGUUCACCAUCCCCGGCCCCCAAUCCAUCCCCAAAGAGGACCCCUUCCCCAGGAGCAGCGAAGCAAAAUUCCAAAACACGCCCACCCUCACCUGGUUCAAUGAAACAGCGUCCCCCUUCCCCCCAACCUAUGUCAGCCAAACCUCCACCUAUCCAGAAACCAGCGCUCACUCCAACAGGGCCCCCCACCUUACGAAAGAGGGACUCCAAGUCCAAGGAUCUGUGUCCUGUCCAGGCUAUGUCUCCACAGUCCUCUGAUUCCAGCAAGACCAAAGACAAAGAUGACUCUAAAGCCUCGACGGGCACCAACUCAGCCGCUGAGGCGGCCAAGAUCCUGGCGGAGAACCGCAGACUGAUGCGAGAGCAGAAGGAGAAAGAGGAGCAGCUCAGGAUACAGAGGGAGGAAGAGGAGAAGCUAAGAAAGGAGGAAGAGACGCGUUUAGCGGAAGAGGCUCGACUGAAACGCCUGGAAGAGGAGAAGAAGCUUGCAGAGGAGAGGAAAAUUAUAGAAGAGGAAGAGGCUCGCCUAGCAGAGGAGGAUCGUGUAAGACUGGCAGAAGAGGAAGCGGUGAAACAGGCCGAGCUCCAGAAGGAACGGGAGGAAGCUGAGGCCAAGGCCCUGGAGGAAGCAGAGAGAGUCCGUCAGGAGAGAGACCGUAUCAUGCAGCAGAACCAGCAAGAACGAAUGGAGAGAAAGAAGAGAAUUGAAGAGAUAAUGAAGAGAACAAGAAAAGGAGACCAAGGUGACAUGAAGAGAGAUGGAGGCGAUGAUGAUAAAUGCUCACAGGAGAAUGAAGAGGAGGGAGAGGACCAGAUGACCUCUGAAGGCCAGAUGGAUGAUAUGACCAUGGAGGGCGACACAGAUGAGUGCGGUCUCUCCUCUGGAGAGCCGGUGGAACAACGAGAGGAGCCUCUGGGUAGCGUGAAUGGAAAACAAGAGACAGACAACAAGGAGAAUAACAAUGGCAUAAGCACAGAUGAGACUCAGGCAGUCAGUCCAGUCCCUAAGGGCCGCCUCGUAGAGGGCUCAGAGUUCCUGAAUGAGCAGGACUCGGCCAAGGUGGGGUUGGUCUCAGGUCUAAACGGUAAAUCCAACCAGUGGAGCUUUGAGGAACUCAUUGACCUCAACGUUCACUCCAAGACUCGGCCCCUCAUCGAGGCAGAGGACUGUAACCAGGUCUUGAUUAACUGUGAUGGAAGCUCAGAUGGGCCCAGGGUAGCCUUCGAGGACAAGGGAACCCCCGUAAACACCCUGCAUUCCACUAAUCAACCCAUAGAAGCCCUGUCAGAGAUUUGAUGCUGCAGCCGUCGCUGAGAAGCCUCUUACUGUUGCACUCAUAAAAGUUCCUGUCCCACUGAGCUCUGUAAAAGAAAAAGUCUUCGACCAGUUCCCAACAGCUUCCUCUUUUUUCUCCUCUUCCUCUUCCAGAAGAGAGGAGCACAAGGCGAAGCGGAAAGACCAACCUAAGUGCUACAAUUGCACCCGAAAUGAUGAGGAAAGAAAUAUAUUAAAAUUAUAUAUAUAAAGAAAAACGUUAUGCUUCAGGGAAAUUCCGUAUAUUCCUUCGACAUGCUCGCUUCAGGUCUCUUUCCUCUUCCUCUUGUGUCUAGUUCUCCAGUUGUUUUUUUUUUCUAUGUUGUGUCUGAAUUUGAUGAUGUUUUUUAAGAGUUUUGUCUUCGUCAGGGGUGCGUUGUUGUAAUUUAUUGAUUUUGGCUUCUUUGUUAUUGUAAUUAUUGUUAUCAUAUGUUUAGUCUUUUUUUGUCUCGUAUGAGAAUAUUCCAGGACACAUGCACAUUAGGCUGUGUAAUUUGAAUAUGAGGUUAAUACCGUGAGUUAAAGGAAGGAACGAUAAUACAUUCUGUUGUGUCGGGGGUUGGGUUGGGACAGCAUCCCAGGCUUUGCAUGUGAUUCAUCUAAAUUUACUUGACUGGCUGCUUUUCGCAGCAUCCAGCAAAUAUGGCCUUACCAGUUUUUCCCAACUUUGAAGUUUUAAGUGUGAAUAUAUUAAAUUGCUUGUGUUGAAGCUCACACACGCACAGUUUAGCAAUCGUCCGUCAUGUGCUUACACUUUCAAACCCCCCCCCACACACACACACACACACACACACACACACACACACACACACACACACACACACACACACACACCCCUACACCUCUCUCCCAGUUUCACUCACUGUGUGUUUCCUUCUGUGGCCACUAGAGGGCUUCAGGAGCACCACUCCAACUGUUACAUUUGAAGCUGAUGAGUGUUGAGGUUCAUGACAACACUGUAGUUAAUUCAUAUGUUCAGUCAAGUUUCAGCAGUUUGUUAAUUUAGGGCACAUGGUCCAUUAAAGGUUUUGUUAUUUUUUACAUAUGUAUAUAGACUUUAUGUUUACUAAGAACACCAUUGUAAUUUACAUCAGAAUCUGAGUGAGUUUCAUCCAGUUUUAGUCUCAUCUUACACCGACUGCAUCUGUACAACACCAGUGUUUGAAUAACCAUAGAUGUAACAUACUGCUACUCAGUUAAUACACAGAUGAAGUCCGUUAGUUUCGUUCAUAGCUGUUUCUGAUUCUCUUAAGACAGUUUGUGUUCGUUACCAAACUGAACUUGAAUGUUCGAUAUCCAGAGUUCAACUUUGCUGAAACUAAAAAUCAGGUUUUCAAUUAUCUGGUUUUAACUAGAGCUUUACCAUCACAUCCAUGCACACUUUUCCAUCCAUCCUUCUGUCUGUGGUUCUUUUAUUAAUUACACUUAUUUCCCACUAACCUUCUUUGAAGAUUCCAAACACACUAGCUGCUACACCUGACAAAAUACAUUUCAACUAUUUUUUAUAAUAUAAAAUUUGGCUGUUUGUUUAUAUAUGAAAAUACAUUUCUACAUAUAUUUAAGUGUUAUUGUAUUGUGUAUAUAAUCAGUAUUAGGCAAAUGAAGCCAUGUUUAGGAUGGAGUGGCGUGAGGAUGUGGAUAAUUGAAGUCUCUGUGUACGUGACUGUGCUGUAAGUUAGGUUUCUGUUCGACUCGUGCCCUGUGACAGGGUAGUCAGGUUACGUUUGGGCAGCCUGGAAACCCAAAAUUUAUAUAAAUUCCUCUUCCACAAAAGCUCUGAAAAACAAGGGGCCAAGUGGGGACCCACUAUAUGUGUCUAAAGAUACAGUGUGUUUAUUUGUAUGUAUGUUUGAGAGCUUUCAGCCCCAUAACCCCUAGCCGUAAUUCUGAAUAUUGCCUCACAGAGACUUAACAUGUUGACAUUGUGGUAGUGAGCGGAGUUGUUACAGCCCUUACCAACAUGUCUGACCCAUGAUAAAAGUCAUGGCUGUGCCUCUUUAUGAUGCUUUUAAUGUCAUCAAAAUAUGUUUUAUAUUAUGUCAAAGGAUGUGGGGGUAUUGGAUAAUUAUGGUAGGCAUAUCAGCUCAGGUCGCAACUGUUUACUACUUUGUAGUAUGAGGCACCAAACUAAAUAAGACAUGGGUCGGACUUGUUUUCCGUAUUGCUUCCUGGAUCUCUCAUGAAUUGUAUUAAAAUCUUGAAAUUCCCUAUGCUUGAAUAAUCUAAGCACAAGGUUUGGGGACCUUGAUUUUUGCCUUGUUGUCUGCUGGCUUUCACAACCUCUUGAAAACUAAAUUCUCUUUGUACAUAAAGACUUGGGGCUUUAGAUGUUAGCUUUGAUUAAUAAGCUCAAAGAAUGUAACAGACUCCAGAAACCGUCCUUCAUUAUUUACCAUGUCUCAGAGCUGCCCACUUUUAGCAUUCAUACAUUAUUCAUCUUAGAAAACAUGAGACUCUUCGCACUGUCACAAAUUACUCGCUAUGUUUAAAGCAUGGUUGCUAAGGAGUAGCUUUACUGUACAGACUCGUAGGAGAGUUGUGUGAAAUUCAGGAAGAAAAGAAAAAGUCAUUUGUCUGUGGUCUCUUCCUUCACAGAUGUUUUAGAAGUCUCAUUCAUAGCCCAAAACUCACCUAUACCCAAACUCCCCCCAAACCUUUCCUGCUCCUCUCUCCACUUAUGAGUAACGUUAGUACCUGUUGGGGGGCUGUUGUAGUUGCUGCUUAAACAGAUACUGUAUCUAUUCCAGGUCCUGCUGCAUCUUUGAAGGCUUGAGCCGACUGCUUAAUCCUCAACGUCUAUAACAAUAGGAUAGAACGGUGCCUUAGAUUGAGAUUUAGUAUUUUUAUUGUAUCACAAUUAACUAAGAAAGCUUGUCCUUACCUCGGCCUCGACAAUCAGUCUACCCAACCAGGGCAACUUUGUGAAUAUGAAUAUUUCUCUGGAAGAUUUACAAACCUAACAACGCCCUGUCCACAAAUAAAAUUUGUACUGUAAAUAUAUCUAAAGUGUACUGAGAUGAUACAAACUGUUAAAACAAUAAAGUCUUGCAAAAAUA